CCAUCCGUCCACCACAGGCGGAGGGGGAGGUGAGAUUCGGACUUCUCCUGGGGGUUACAGGGGCUGCCACUGCGCACGUUGCUCCCUUGCCCCCAUAGCGCCCCCUAGCGACCACCUCCUCGGCUCGAGACCUAGGUGUCCCUGCCUCCCACCCUCCUCCCCCAAACCUUACCCGGGAAGCAGGAGAACCAGAUGGGGUGUUACGCAAGGCCUGAUGUUUACCUCCCGCAGGGGCCUCCUCCUCCCUAUAAAGCCUGACGUAGUGGGGAGAUUGGCGGAGACAGACUGGUUGAAGAGAGAGGCGAUUCCAGCAGAAAGGUAGAAGAGUGUCGGAAAGUUAAUGCGGGAGUCGGAGAGAGGGGCAUCGACGCAACCAGCGGCACAGGCGCUCAGCCAUCUGCAUACCCGAAGGCGGUCGCGGAAGGGACGGCGCCCAGACGCUGGCUCCCCAUGGAGGCGCCGGAGCUGCUGGGCCCGGGGCUGGUGGAGCGUCUGGAGCAGCUGGCGACGUGCCCGCUGUGCGGGGGCCCCUUCGAGGACCCAGUGCUCCUGGCGUGUGAGCACAGCUUCUGCCGCGCGUGCCUGGCCCGCUGCUGGGGGACCCCGCCGGCGACCGGCCCCGAGGCGUCCCCCACCGCCUGCCCGUGCUGCGGCCUGCCGUGCCCCCGCCGCAGCCUGAGGUCGAACGUGCGGCUGGCCGUGGAGGUGCGCAUCAGCCGCGGGCUGUGCGAGAAGCUGGCCGAGCCCGGGGCGCGCACGGGGAAACGCCGAGGGGGCCGCAUCCCCACCAUGGGCUGCCUGGACCCGCACGGAGAGGAUAAUAGGAAGACGUGGAGAAGAUUUGAUGCCCCAACGCCCAAGUCAUCUAACUCAGAGGAUGAUCUCCCUGAAGAUUAUCCCGUGGUCAAAAACAUGCUUCAUAGACUGACGGCCGACCUCACCCUGGACCCUAGCACCGCACACCGGCGCCUGCUCGUCUCCGCGGACCGCCGCGGUGUCCGACUGGCCCCGCCAGGGACGCCUGCGCCUCCUGACAGCCCGGCGCGCUUCGAUCAGCUCCCGGCGGUGCUGGGCGCGCAGGGCUUCGGGGCGGGCCGCCACUGCUGGGAGGUGGAGACCGCCGACGCCGCCUCCUGCGGAGACUCUUCCGGGGAGGACGAGGACGACGGGGAGAGCCGCUAUGCCGUGGGCGCCGCCGGCGAGUCGGUGCGACGCAAGGGCCGAGUAGGGCUGUGCCCCGCGGGGGCCGUGUGGGCCGUGGAGGGCCGCGGCGGCCGCCUGUGGGCGCUCACAGCCCCGGAGCCCACCCCGCUGGGCGGCGCCGGGCCCCCGCCGCGGCGCAUUCGCGUGGACUUGGACUGGGAGCGGGGCCGCGUGGCCUUCUACGACGGCCGCUCCCUCGACUUGCUCUUCGCCUUCCAGGCGCCCGGCCCCCUGGGGGAGCGCGUCUUCCCGCUGCUGUGCACCUGCGACCCCCGCGCCCCGCUACGCAUCGUGCCCGGGGAAGGCUGAGACGCUCGCCCACACCCCCCACGCCGGUUUGGCCCGAAGCGAGGCUGGUUCCUCUGGGACACAAAAAUCCUUACUCAUUCCCGGGAUCAUGUCCACAUGCCCACUGCGGCAGAACUGAUAAGCACCCCCCGCCCACCUACAUGGUCUCUUUUCUCCCAAAUAGUUAGGACCUCAACUGGCCUCCAGUUUCCACAUCCAUGCCCAAAGUCAAAUCCAUUCCUGCCCCCUCCCUCUCGAGAGGCUUCUCGCCCACGGCUACCCUAGUACUUCCCAACGGAUCCCUCCCCUUCUACCAUACUCUAUCCCAGGCCUGAAUUGGGGAACAGGCCUGCCCCAUUAGUACUGGUAAAUGGUCCAUGUUUAAUACACACAGGCCCUGCGGGUCAAAUAUUUACCUCCCACUGCUGCCUCUCCUCUUGGCAAAGGGCCCAGUGCCCUCUCCACAGCUCUGAGGCUUGGGCUUCCCUGCCCUGUCCUCAAGAGAAGCAAGAGCCUCCUCCCCAAAACCAAGAGGCUGGACUCUGGCCCCAGCCUUAAGGUCCUCUAGGAAGCUUAUGACUCCCUUUUUUGGGAGGUGGGGGCAGGCCCGUUCUACUCCACCUGGACGACUUUUCCUGCUUACAGCCUUUCCCCAUUAAGAACCUUCUUAAAACUCCCCCCUGCACAUACAAGGAACCAAUGGUGCUACCCUUACUUUCCUCAACCUGGGAAUGGCCCAGACACCCCAAAUCCACCCUUGUAUAUAGCCUCACAUCUUUCCCCGUAUGUAUAAAUGGGCCCGUAUUUAACACGUUUUAUGAUGUUGGGUUAUUUAUUUUGUGCAUCUGUGGCAAUAAAUGAGAUCUCAGUGGUGGUA